GUUUGUUGACUUCCGGAAACGCAGUAGAAGCAAAUGCCAGGAGGGUCACAGCGGGGGUCUCGGGGGCUUCCGCGGCCCCGAGUCGGGAUGAGGGCCUACCCAAGGCCCCACCGAGCCGCCCCUGCGGUCUUCCCGGCCCAGGCACUUUGUCCCUAUACCACCCACGGCAUGGGGGAACCCGAGACGCCGGUGCCCGAUUCAGGUGCUGUGUUUACAUUUGGGAAGACCAAAUUUGCUGAAAAUAUGCCUAGCAAAUUCUGGUUUAAGAAUGACAUACCUAUGUAUCUUUCAUGUGGAGAUGAACAUACUGCUGUUGUUACUGGAAAUAAUAAACUUUACAUGUUUGGCAGCAACAACUGGGGUCAGCUAGGAUUAGGAUCAAGAGCAGCUGUCAAGAAGCCAACGUGUGUCAAAGCUCUUAAACCUGAAAAAGUGCAACUUGCUGCCUGUGGAAGGAAUCACACCCUAGUUUUAACAGCAGUAGGCAAUGUGUAUGCAGCUGGAGGAAAUAAUGAAGGGCAGUUGGGACUUGGUGACACUGAAGAGAGAAACACUUUUCAUCGUAUUAGCUUUUUUACAUCCCAGCAUAACAUUAAACAGCUCUCUGCUGGAUCUAAUACUUCAGCUGCACUAUCUGAGGAUGGAAGACUUUUUAUGUGGGGUGACAAUUCUGAAGGGCAAAUUGGUUUAAAUAAUGUCAUUAAUGUGUGUGUCCCUCAUCAAGUGAACUUUGGGAAACCAAUUUCUUGGAUCUCAUGUGGAUAUUAUCAUUCAGCUUUUAUAACAAUGGAUGGUGAACUGUACACAUUUGGAGAAGCUGAGAGUGGGAAAUUAGGUCUUCCUAAAGAGCUGCUGAUCAAUCACAGAACCCCUCAGCUGGUAGCGGGAAUUCCUGAGAAAGUGUUGCAAGUGGCUUGUGGUGGAGAUCACACUGCAGUUCUCACAGAGAAAGCUGUGUAUACCUUUGGGCUUGGGCAAUUUGGUCAGCUAGGCCUUGGCACUUUUAUUUUUGAAACAUCAGAACCCAAAGUCAUUGAACAAAUUAAGCAUCAGAAAAUAACUUAUAUUUCCUGUGGAGAAAAUCACACAGCAUUGAUAACAGAUAUAGGCCUUAUGUAUACUUUUGGAGAUGGCCGGCAUGGAAAGUUAGGACUUGGACUAGAGAAUUUUGCAAAUCAAUUCUUUCCCAUUGUGUGUUCUGAAUUCUUGAGAUUUACAGUUCAAUUGGUUGCUUGUGGUGGAUGCCAAACGCUAGUUUUUGCUUCUCCACGCAUUAAUGUGGUGGGAGGAAGUGACUUCAAUCAAACAAAUGAUUUUUGCCUACCUGCAGCUACUUUGCUGCCCUCUGAAAACCUGACCUCAGGAAAUGUACUGCCUAGAACUUUAUCAGCGCGUCUGCGACGAAGAGAGCGGGACAGAUCCCCAGAUCCUAUGCAGAUGAUACGAACACUACCUCCAUUAGAGGAGACUGCCACAGCACCUUCUUCUUUUUCCAUCGCUUUAGUCUCUUGCAGUCUGUCUGUGAGUAAGCUCUCAAAGAAAAGCAGCUUUGACUCCAUGGAGCCACUUGAGCCAGAUGUUUGUCAAGAUAAAGUGACAAAAGACAGAGAGAUAGAAAAUUCUUCAUCGGCAGGUUCAGAAAGCCUGGGAGAAACUACUGAUGUCUUAAAUAUGACACAUAUGAUGAGCCUGAGCUCCAGUGACAAGUCAUUACAAUUUUCGCCAAUUCAAAAACAAAAGAAACAAGACACAGUUGAGAAACUGAUGCAGCAUACAGCUUGUACUGAAAGUGAUGAUAGUAAUACAUGCGAAAAUGAAGAAAUAUCAAAAAUGAAAGAAGGGAAAGCAUAUAAACAGGUAGCAAAAGGGAUCCUCAUGAAGCAAGCAGCUGAGACUUUGGAAGCAUUUUCCGAUGAGGAAGUAGGUAAUGGCUCAGACCAGGUGGGGCCUCAGAUCCACACCAAUGAAAACUGUAUGCAAAAGGAGAUACUUAGUGAUGAAAAUAAGAGUGGUGUUGAUCAACUUGAUGAUAAAGAAAUAGAAAAAGAAAAUUAUGGAGAAGAAAUAAUCUCUGAGAAGAAAACUGAGCUGGUUGGAGUGACAGGUCUGAAUGAUAUAAGAAAAGGGGAAGAAAAUCUAAAAUGUGUAAAAUAUGAUAUAUUAUUUGGUGAUUUAUCAGAUAAAGACAUGAAUACUGAAACUGAAGAAAAUAAGGGUUUUGUUAAGGAAAGUAAAAGUAGGAAGCAAGAUGAGAUCUUUUACAGUGAAAGAAAACUGAUAGAAAAACCCAAGAGUUAUGUGGAGCAUGACAGUUUCCAGCAGCCCAAGUCAAUAUUACUUAGUAGUGAAGAUAAUGAUGAUGAAGUGGAAACUGACCACAACUUGUGGCUCCAAAGACAGUUGGACAAACAAGAAUUUAAUUUUGAACUCAGAACAUCAAGUGUUGUGGCCCAAUAUAAUUUUAAGUAUACUGACUUGCCAAUGAUACCAGAGGAACAGGAAGAAACAGAGGAUUUAGAAGAAAUUGCAGACAUGGAGCAAAUGAUAGAGGCACAUAAGAAAAAUGUGGAGGUUCAAGGAGGAAGAAAAGAGGAAGCAGAGAGCCUGUCAGAUGCCUAUACAGACAGAGCAGAGUGUGAAGAAUUUUCAGAAACCAACGAUUCAGAACCAGAAGACAUGGAUGAGGAAAUUGAUGCCAAAAAUCAGAAACAUGACAUGAAAGUUGUAGCUGGUGAUGAAAAAGAAGAGUCACAAAAUAUCAGUGGUGACUCAGCUGAAGCUGUUAAACAGGAUCAAGAUUCUUCAGAAACGGAAUACUCAGAACCAGAAGAUAUGGGUAAAGAAAUUAAUGUUGAAAAUCAGAAAGAUGAGGUGAAAGCUGUGGCUGACGAUGAAACAGAAGCAUCAGAAAAUAUCAGUGAUGAUGAACAGGAAGAAAAUACUAAACUACGAGAAUUGGCUAUUUGUGAAUACAAUGAAAAUCCAAAAGGAAGCAUGUGUAGUGGUGCAAAGAACAGUUAUUCUGGGGCUCUGGAAGUUAAUGAAUCAAUACCAAGUAAAGACACAGAAAUACCCAAAAAAAAAAAUUUCCUGUUGAAACGGAUGUCACUAACAGGUCAGAAAAUUGGACAGAGUAGUGUGGAGCCAUUUUCAGCAGUGAAACCAAUAGGAAAUCAAGUAGCUUUACAAAGCAAUAAGAAAGAUGCCAUCCCUAACCACAUAGGGCAAAACUGUCAUACUUCUCCCUAUGUGGAGGUGAAGUCAAGAUCUUGUAUAAUCCUAUAAAUACAAGUUUUCAUGGCUUACCGAGCACAUUUGUAACUUAUACUUGAAAAAUGUUAUAACAUCUAAAGGAAUAUUUCUGAUAACAGACUUUUAAGAUACAAGCUAAUAUUUUUGGUUUGGUUUGAACAGUAUGAUCAGUUUCGAUAUUUAUUUAUGCUAAUAUUUUCAACAAGCAGCUUUAAAAUAUGUGUAUCUCAAACUCUUCUUGAAGUGUUGUGGCCUUAACUAUUCAGUGUUGCAUAAAACAAUGAAGCAAUAUAUUUUUAUAUGUGAAAAUUGAAGUAAGAUAUUCCAUACUUUUGGUAAACAAUUUUACUUAUUUAUAAUUUCAUGAGACAAUGUUUGAAAUCUCUUGACACUGAUACAUUUUUAAGGAAUUUUCAAUUUUUACGACUGAGCCAAACUUGUAAUAAACCACAUCCAGAUGGUUCUGCUGUUAAAAUGGAUGACUAUGAAUAAAAUUUGGAAGUACUUGAACUUAUCCAUUGAUCAAAUGGGGUAAAAAAAUCAAAUUUUAAAGUAUCAAAGGGCAUAAAAUGCCUUUCCCCUGUGUAAAAAAAAAAUACAAAUGCAACUGUGUAAACAGUAUAUUUUUGUGGGGAAGCUAAGUGUCGAAAUCGCUUUCUGGUCUUUUGUUUAGAGAAGAGAUUGGACAUGGAAACAUUAUGUGGUGUGAUCGGUAUUUUUGACCAUGCCACAGAUUGCCACCAUAAGAGACCCAAACAUAGCCAGGCUUGCUCAUUUCAACUCUCUAGCAUUAACAGCGUAACCAAAUUUGCCUCGAUCCCGCGGGGCACUACCGUGAGGAAGAGCAGGGAUGAAGCUGUUGUCUACUUUGCUAAGGUAGAAAGAUUACUUUCCGUGCUUACAGCUACUACGUAUUUAAUAGAUCAGUCCACCUUCAUUUUCCUCAUUUUACCUUGUUAAUAAAACAUUUUAAUCUUCCAUUACCGUGACCCUUGCCCCAUUUAAACAAAGAAAACAAAAUUCCAUCUUUGCGUUUCAUGCACAAGGAUUGUAAUAUCAGUCCAGAGUACAUGUAAUUUUGAAAUCUUACAAAGUCAUCUUCUCUGUGAAUAUUUAGUAGAAUUCUAAUUUUAUAAAAAGCGAAGGCAAUUUUAUAAUCUUGGCUAUUGCACUGUGGCAACUAUAGUAUUAGUAGAAUGUUGUAAAAAUACUUUACCAAUAUAUAACCUGUAGGAGCCGAGUGGAAGUAAAGCUUGCAGAUGCAACUAAGAUAUGCCAUUUGGGGAAGGCAGAACUCUAAAAUGGCCUUCAGGUUCCCACUCAUUGGUGCCACAUGCCCUGAAUAAUCUCUUUUCUCUGAGUAUGGGUGAGACCAGUGAAUAUGAUGGGAUGUUAUUCCUUCGCUGUGGUUACAUUAUAUGGGAAAGGUGGGAGAUUUUGCAAAUAUAGUUAAAAUUUCUUAGUCAGUUUAAGUUAAACUUUAAAGCGGAACAAUUCCUAGGUGGCUCUGACCCAAUCAAGUGAGCCCCUUCAAAGAUGUUUUAGGCAAUCUAACAUAAAGGAGAUCCGAACUAUGCAAAACAGCAGAAAUGCCCUCCUGUUGGCCUGGAAAAAGCCCACUGUCAUAAUUGUGGAUAGUGCCAUGUGCCAUGAAGUGGUAGGACAGCAUCUAGGAUCUGAGGGCUUCAGUCUGGCAACUUCGAGGAAGUGAAUUCUGCCAACAAACAGUGAGCCUAGAAGAGGAAUACAAUCCUCAGAUAAGACUGUAUUCCUGGCUUUGACACCUUGAUUGCAACCUUGUGUGUGACUCUGAGCUGAAGACCUAGUUGAGCAGUGCACAGACUUUCUGACCUAUGAAAACUGUGGAAUAAUAAAUACAUGUAGUUUUAAUCCA